UCUUGUAUGCAUAAAUGAAUAAAUCUUAAAAAAAAAAAAAAAGAAUGAACCAGGAAUUACCACUCUUCAAGCUCUAGAAUCUGAGUCUAGAACCCCAGACGUAAGGCUGGAUUUGGGAGCAGUAGGAAUCUUCAUGAUACAGUUUCAGGGACCUGCUUAUCCAUGGAGAAUAUAUAGAACACAAUGAGUGUCCAGUUUACUGACUUAGGUAGAAAUCACUACUUGAUGGCUGCCCCCUCUCUCCUCACUCAUACACACAGAGACUGCGCUCCUAGGAGACCUAGGAUGAAAAGUCAUGCCAGUCCAGUCCAGCCACAACUGAGCUUUCCCUCAGGUACCCUAUUCCACUCUGCCCAGGUUCCUCACAGCACGGCAAUCCACAAGCCCACUACCAACACUAGGUGGGAGCUCGGUAAACUGGCAGAGCUGCUCACACCUGCUGGGGCCAAGGGAUGUGGAGUCAACUAUAGACCCUCUGAAGUGGAUAUUCAAACCCACAGCCAGGCGGGAGUGGACAUGUGGCUCGGGUUAGAGGGGGCUUCCAUGAUGAGAAGGUUUAGUGUAUUCCAAGGCGUGGAGACAGAUUUCCUCUGGAUGACAGGAACAGGUAUCUCAGUUAUGGGGGGGAUGCUCUCCUCAGGGGCUUUGGCCUUCUUCAGAUGUGGAGUGUGCAGCCUUCCAGAGUAGGAAGGUUCAAGAAAUCCCAGCGAGCAGGUGGGCCUCACCCCCGCCCCUUCCCUCCGGACGGAGCAAGGCAGAGCACCCCUCCACCCCUCCAGCCCCAGCCCCGCGCCGCACAGGGGAGGGCUAGCCCCUCCCCAGCACGCGACCAAUGGCACCGGAAUCUGGAGCGGUCAGCCAAUUGCAUGGCCGCAUCGGCUAGGGGCUGGCUCCGCCCCCGACCGGCCGCUGGCCCUCGGCCUCCCGGGAGGCGGGGCUCCUCGCUGUUUUCGCUGCCCACCGAGCCGGGCCGAACCAGAUCGAGCUCCACCGAGCCCAGCCGAAGGGAGCCGAGCGCAGCCGAAUCCCGCGCUCGAGCCGCCUCCGCUACCCGAGCGCCGCGGGGCCGCGGAGGAGGCGCCGCCCCAGGGGGAGGAGGUGCCGGCUCGCCGCAGACCGCCCGCGGCAGAGGCCGCUCCGGUCGCGCCGCGGCGGGAGCGGCCGGCGGAGGCUGCGCGGCCGAGGGGGAGGGUCGGGGGAGGGGACGUCGCCCCUGCCCGCCUCCUGCUGCCCCCCGCCCGCAGGCUCCCGAAUCUCAGUCGGUCUCUGUCGGCGCCCAGCAUUCCUCUGCCCCGGACCCUCCCGUGGUCUCUCACCGGGCUCAACUCAGGUUCAGGAUCGCAUGUGGAAAUCUCCACUACCCAGGAAUCAUUGAGUGUGUGGACAGGACAGCCUCCCUAAAGGCCAGCGGAAUCAGAGUCUUGCCUCGGCAUGGGCCUUGUCGUUGAAGCAGCCUUGCUCUCUGUGCUGGUCUGAGGGUGCUGCCCGUCAUGGGGGCAGCCAUCUCCCAGGGGGCCCUCAUUGCAAUUGUUUGCAACGGACUUGUGGGCUUCUUGCUGCUGCUGCUCUGGGUCAUUCUCUGCUGGGCCUGCCACUCCCGCUCUGCGGACAUUGACUCGCUCUCUGAAUCUAGUCCCAACUCCAGCCCUGGCCCCUGUCCUGAGAAAGCGCCCCCACCCCAGAAGCCCAGCCAUGAAGGCAGCUACCUGCUGCAGCCCUGAAGGUCCUGGGCCUACCCUAGAGUCUGGGACCUAAGACCAUCCCGCUCAGAACCUGGAGUCAGGACCCCAGACUCCAUCCAGCCUGGUGUCCAGAACUCAGAGACCAGCCUGUCUGGAGCUGCACCUGGCAUCCAGAAGCUAGCCAGCUCUGCUCAGAGGACUCCGAUGGCCUUAGGUAGAUAGGCCUAGGGUGAGGGUUCAUGAGUUGGUGCUAGGGUUAGGGCCAAUCUGGACUCUGCUCCAUGCCAAGGGCCAGAGGCUGGGUCCAUCUUCUCCCUAGACUGAACACCUCUAGGCCCUCUGGGUUGGGGAAGCAAACUGGACUCCAUGGCAAUAAUGGGGGGGCGUCCAGGUUGGGCCCCUCCUUUGGUCCUCCCAAUGUUUGCUGGAUAAUAAAUGGAAUUAUGGCUCUA